ACCCAACCCCGACCGUUCGCCACUCCUCGUCCGCCGCCUCGUCGUCGCUUUCCGAUCCCGCUCUCCAUCCCAUCCCUCCACGAAACCCUAGGUCCCCAAAGAAAUGCAACCCCGUGAGGCCCUACAGCCGGGGGAGAUCUCUUCCUCGUCCGCCGCCUCGUCGUCGCUUUCCAGUCCCGCUCCCGAUCCCAUCCCUCCACGAAAUACUAGUUCCCCAAAGAAGAUGGAACACAGUGAGACCCCAAAUUCGGAGGAGAAGGGCUUCCCCCAACUCUUCAUGAGGCAGUACGACUACGAUUCUGUGAAGGCGUGGAUUAAGAAGAUGGAGGAUGAAAGGGAGGAAAUGGAUGGUAUCAAGGAACUGCCGCCAUUGGAGAUCAUCGAGUUCGAAGAUCUUAUGGCGGAGGCAUGGUCUCCGGACAGGCUACUGCCUUGGACUUGCGGUAUAGUUCAUUUCAGAGACUACAUUGCCUAUCUCAAGAAGUUUUUCAAUAGCAAUGUUGCUCUUCAUUUUGACCUGCAUGCCGCAGCUAAACGGUGUCUCAAAAUGGAGAAGAGCUAUAUGGAGAAUGGCAAUAUUCACCAGGGAAACCUUACCCUCGAGAUCCAGAAUGUAGCAGAAAAUAUCAUGAAAGAAAGAAAAUCAGAGGGUCAAUUUGCUGUCGCCGCUGCUGGCUUGGUGUGCAUUGCUGCUGAAGCUAAGUUGAUGUCCAAGCUAUCAAAAAACUGACACCAAAAUGUGCAAGUUUAGCAAUAAUAUCAGGCUCUGUGCCUUACAUUUGAUGACCUAUCACGGGCCUGAAUCUGAUGCCAUAGCUGGUGCCAUGUUGGUAUGUUCAAUACUAAGAAUUGUAGCGUACAUAGAUUGUGAUAUGUAUGGUUUGACAUCUCCAUGUUUCUUUUCACCAAUUACAAAUGAUCUUUUGUAGUGUA